GGACCCCCCAGGCGGGCUGGGGCUGAGCCCGGGGCCGGGGCGGGGGCUCCGGGGGGACCAUGCCCCGAGGCCGGCCGACCGCAGCAUGGCUCACGGGCCCGGCGCGCUGAUGCUCAAGUGCGUGGUGGUCGGCGACGGGGCGGUGGGCAAGACGUGCCUGCUCAUGAGCUAUGCCAACGACGCCUUCCCCGAGGAGUACGUGCCCACUGUCUUCGACCACUACGCAGUCAGCGUCACCGUGGGGGGCAAGCAGUACCUCCUGGGACUCUAUGACACAGCUGGACAGGAAGACUAUGAUCGUCUGAGGCCUUUAUCUUACCCCAUGACUGACGUCUUCCUCAUCUGCUUCUCUGUGGUAAAUCCAGCCUCAUUUCAAAACGUGAAAGAGGAGUGGGUACCAGAACUUAAGGAAUAUGCACCAAAUGUCCCCUUCUUAUUAAUAGGAACUCAGAUUGAUCUCCGAGAUGACCCCAAAACUCUAGCAAGACUGAAUGACAUGAAGGAAAAACCUGUCUGUGUAGAACAAGGGCAGAAGCUAGCAAAAGAGAUAGGCGCAUGCUGCUAUGUGGAAUGUUCAGCUUUGACCCAGAAGGGUUUGAAGACUGUUUUUGACGAGGCUAUCAUAGCCAUUUUAACUCCAAAGAAACACGCAGUUAAAAAAAGAAUAGGAUCAAGAUGUAUAAACUGUUGUUUGAUUACGUGAGAAAAGUCUGUAGUGGCCAAGGAAACUGUCCAUUUCUCCCAGAAAGCAUUUGAAAUGCUACAGCAAUGUCCUGACCUCUUACA